GUUGGUAUCCUUUGUUAUCUUCUCAAUUUUUUUCACUUUUAAUACCAUAACCCUACCUUUUAAAUUUCAUUUUUAACUUUGUUCUGAUUUAUGCUCUUAUGCUAUGAUAUCUUUUUUAUUACCGUGUUUUCCCCAAAAUAAGACAUCCCCUGAUAAUAAGCCCAAUCAGGCUUUUGAGUGCAUGGCAAUAAGGCCAAGCAUUUAUUUCAGGGUUCAAAAAAAUAUAACACAGGGUCUUAUUUUUGGGGAAAUACGGUAUUAUAAGCUGCCCAGAGUCACAGGUGAGAUGGGCAGCAUAGAGAUGUAAUGAAUAAGUAAAUAAAUAAUAUGUAUCUAACUAUCUCUGAGUGUGUCCUUUCAGCUCACAUAUGGAUCAUUUCCUAUGCAAAGAAGCAAUAUGGUAGAGACAUCUUCCUUUUACCACACGGUCUCCAAUGAAGGUCAUCAAUAUACAGGCAUUAUCUAUUUACUUAAACAUUUUGGGUGGAUCUGGGUUGGACUUUUAGCUGGAGACGACGAAAGCGGAGAACGUUUCUUGAAAAAGCUGGAGUCGUUAUUUCUCCAGCAUAAAAUUUGUUCAGCCUUUGUUCAAAGAAUGCCAGUUGACAGCCGAUUCCCUGAACUCGAUGAACUGAACACCAUUUCUGCAAAUACGAAUGAGUUCUACUCAGAUCCGAAAGUUAAUGCCCUUGUUGUCUAUGGUGAGACUCUAACUGUAAUGUGGCUAAGCACUGCGUUGUUUUUCGCCGGUGUUAACUAUACCGAAAAGGUGUGGAUUAUGACAGGCCAGAUUGACUUUGCUUCAACCGUCAUUUCAAGGGAUUGGAAAUACGAGAUAUUCCAAGGUACCCUUAUUUUUGCGAUCCACUCCAAUGAGCACGAAGAGUUUCAGAUCUACCUUCAGAAUAUAAAACCAGCCAAGACACACCUUGAUGAUUUUUUCAAGGAAUUCUGGGCACAAGCCUUUGGUUGCUCUAUUCCGGAUCCUAAGGACCCAACAGAAUCUCACAAAUUUUGUAGUGGGACAGAAUCCUUGAGGGAUCUUCCAGGGAUUCUGUUUGAGAUGGUCAUGACUGGCCAUAGCUACAGCAUCUACAAUGCAGUCUUUGCUGUGGCCCACGCUUUACACAACCUGGAUUUAUCUAGACCAAAACAUAAAGCAGUCAGGAUGACAAGACCUCUUGAAGAGAUAAACCCUUGGCAGCUCCACCACUUCCUUCAGACCCUUUCAUUGAACAACACAGAUGGAGAAACGGUGUCCUUUAAUGAGAAUAAGGAGAUGGGAUCCGGAUUUGAUAUAAUAAACCUCCUUAUUUUCUCUAAUAACUCUUUUCAUAAAGUAAAGGUUGGAAGGAUCGGGACCAAGGAUUCUCAAGGAAAGCAAUUCAUCAUUGAGGACAACAAGAUUAAAUGGCAUGGCAGCGCUAACAAAAUCCAUCCCCUUUCCUUGUGUAAUCCUUACUGCCAGCCUGGUUAUCAAAAGGAAAAAAAAGAAGGAGAGCAAUUUUGCUGCUAUGAUUGCGUUCGGUGUCCAGAAGGGAAGAUUUCCAAUGAAAGAGAUACAGAAGAUUGCUUCAAAUGUCCAUCUGAUCAGUAUCCAAACCAGGAACACGACAAAUGUUUCCCCAAAAUGAUAGUUUUUCUGUCUUAUGAAGAACCUUUGGGCAUCUCCUUAGCCGCGAGUGCCAUCUUCUUCUUCUCAGUCACCGUUUUGGUAUUAAAAAUAUUCCACCUGCACAAAGAUAGUCCCAUAGUCAAAGCCAACAAUCGGGACCUCACCUAUGCACUCCUUAUCUCUCUUUUGCUCUGCUUCCUCUCACCUUUCCUAUUUAUUGGUAAGCCCGGGAUGAUGACCUGUUUCCUUCGGCAACCAGCCUUUGGUGUCAUCUUCUCACUGGCUGUUUCCUGUGUCUUAGCUAAAACCAUCACUGUGGUGGUAGCUUUUAUGGCUACCAAGCCAGGAUCCGGUAUGAGGAAGUGGAUGGGAAAGAGGCUUACAUGUCUCAUUGUCUUUUCCAGCUCUUCCAUCCCAGUUGGCAUGUGUGCUAUAUGGCUAACAAUCUCUCCCCCAUUCCCCAAUUUGGACAUGGACACACUGACCACUGAGAUAGUAGCUGAGUGUAAGGAAGGUUCCGUCGCUAUGUUUUAUCUUGUCUUGGGCUACAUGGGACUUCUGUCCAUCAUCAGCUUCAGUGUUGCUUUUCUAGCUAGGAAGUUGCCAGAUAGUUUCAACGAAGCCAAAUUCAUCACCUUCAGCAUGCUGGUAUUCACCAGUGUUUGGUUGUCCUUUGUUCCAACCUACCUGAGUACCAAGGGAAAAUAUAUGGUAGCUGUGGAGAUCUUCUCCAUCUUGGCCUCAAGCGCUGGGCUUUUGGGAUGCAUAUUUUUCCCCAAAUGUUUCAUAAUUGUGCUGAGGCCUGAACUGAACAACAAGGAGCACCUCAUGAGAAGAAAGCAGAUGCAAAAAUAAUGCACAAUGGAUACCUCUUUUGGGACAGAUACAAUGGAUUUUAUGUAUCUGCUGAUGAAAUAAUACAUUCAGGUUUAAUUUAUUUUUCAAUUUACUUGUUCAUCCCAACCCUCAGCAGAAAAUUACAGUGAGGAUGCUCAAAAGGCAUGUAAAUGAAAGAUGAAGAAUAAAUUUGUGAUUUUCACAAUAUGGAUGCUGUUGAAAUAUAUCUCACAUUCGUUCACGUAUGCUUUUACUGUUUUCUAUUAAAUAAUGCUAUUUUUAUCGUUCUUUUCA